AUGCCCGUUUGCGGCUUCGGCACCUACCGCCUCGGGCGCCAGAUGGCCCAGGGCAUCGUGGCCAACGCCCUGAAGGCCGGCUACCGCUUGAUUGACACAGCCCAGGUGUACGACCAAGGCCACACCGAGAGGAGCGUCGGCGCGGCUCUGCGCCAGUCGGGGCUUUCGCGGUCCGAGGUCUUCCUCUCCACGAAACUGUGGAGGUCCAGCCAUGGGUACGAGAACACCCUGAAAGCCUGCAGCCAGUCCUUGAAGCGGCUGGGCGUCGACUACGUCGACUUGUACAUGGUGCACUGGCCCGGGCCGCAGCCCAGCAACGCAGCGUCCUGGUCACCAAAGCAGCGCCGAGAGACCUGGCGGGCCAUGGAACGGCUUCUGAGGGAAGGCAGAGUGAAGGCCAUUGGGGUCUGCAACUUCUCCGUCAGGCACUUGAAGGAGCUUUUUGAGACGUGUGAGGUUCGUCCCAUGGUCAACCAAGUGGAGUUCCACCCUCUCCUUGUGCAGCGGGAGUUGUUAGAGUUCUGUGCGCAAGAGGGCGUGGCCCUCCAAGCAUUUGCCUCGCUGGGCUCCGGAGACUCUCGGCGGGCGGCGGACUUCUUCGCGCUCGCCGGGGUGCAGGCUGCCGCACGCGCCCACGGCGCCGCUCCCGCGGCCGUGCUGCUGCGCUGGGCCACGCAGAAGGGCUGCCACGUGAUCCCCAAGUCUUCAGAUCCCACCCGCAUGAAGCAGAACCUGGGGCUCUUCGACUUCUCCCUCAUGGAAGAGGAGGUAGGGGCCAUCGAUGCUGCAAAUGUGAACGCCCGCCUCACCUGGGGAGGUACGGAUCCCGACCGUAUCGAGUGA